AUGACGACGACAACCAAACCAGUUCCAUCCGUAAUUCGUCCCGGAAAGGCACCCGAGGGUCCACCGGGUUGGGAGGAACGUCGUAUUGAAAAGCAGAUCAACGACCAACAGGCCAACGAGAGACGCAACCACCGUCGUGAAAGCUCCACCGGCCUUGCGGGUAUCAAGGAAAAGGUGCACAAGAUCGGUGAAAAGAUGCACCUCGUCGAGCCAAAGGACCCCACACAAAGAACCGCUGCUCAACUACAGGACGCUUCAACCAUGCCGGAAAAAGCUCCUAUUGAUCAGUGA